CACCGCCCCUCCUGGCUUCUACCCUUCCGCGCCGGCCUCAAGAUGGCCGCCUUCUGGCGUCUCCGGCGCUGUUGAAUGGCGAAAGCUUUAUUGUUCCCUUCGGGCAGGAGUGUUCGUGUCCUCUAUGGCGCUGUCAAUAAAGAACGGCAGUUUGAAUCGGUGCUGAACAGACUGUCUUUACGCGUGGACUGUGUGAGGAGAAAGGAGGACGUUCCUGGGGCGAUGGAGCUCCCCAACUACAGCCACCAGCUGCUGCAGCAGCUCUACACGCUGUGCAAGGAGCAGCAGUUCUGUGACUGCACCAUUUCCAUCGGCACCAUCUACUUCAGGGCUCACAAGCUGGUCCUGGCUGCAGCCAGCCUCCUGUUCAAAACCCUGCUGGACAACACAGACACCAUCUCCAUCGAUGCCUCUGUGGUGAGCCCCGAGGAGUUUGCCCUCUUGUUAGAAAUGAUGUACACUGGCAAACUCCCCGUGGGCAAGCACAACUUCUCCAAAAUCAUCUCAUUAGCCGACAGCCUGCAGAUGUUCGAUGUGGCGGUCAGUUGUAAGAAUCUGCUGACCAACCUUGUCAGCUGCUCUGUCCAGGGUCAGGUGGUGAAGGACGGCUCUGCACCAUCCUCAGAGGAAUGUGGGAAGGAGUCAGAGAAGCCUCAUGUAGAGGUCCUUUCCUCCGAGGGUGCCGGAGAGCGCCCCCUUUCUUCCCUGGAGGUUCCUGCCACUCUGGAGGGCCCUGUAAAAGCUGAGACGCAGGAAGCCAUGUGUAUGAUUACCCAGGAGAUGAGCGUGGAUCCUCCCGUUACCCAGGAGGUUCAGGGGGACCUGGAAGCCCCAGUGGCGACUCCUCUCCCAGCUGCAGUUUGCUCCCCGUCCCCUGAUGGACAUGCCUUCAGAGAGGUGAAGGGAGCAGACUCAGCCCCAGAGCAUGGGAAGAAACACUGGCAGCUGAGUUUUCUCCUAGAAAAUGAAAAUGUCUUCUCAGAUGCGCUCUUGGUUUCCCAAGACAUUUUAAGAAGACUAGAAGAAUGUUCAGAAAUUGAAGGCCCACAGAAGGAGAUUAUAAUGGCAUGUCUUAAGGGUGAAGGAGGACAUUCAGCAUUCCAGAGCAUCCUAGAUAAAGUAAGAGAUGAGAUCCUAGAUGUGCAGACUGUCGUGUCCCUGUUGAGACUGUACCAGGGUUCUAAUCCUGCAGUAAAAACGGCGCUAUCUGACCCGAAACCAGAAGAUACAGCACCAGUGCAGCCAAAAGGGAGCACAGGGGAGGGAAAGACCUUGUCUGUUCUGUUACUGGAACACAAAGAGGACCUGAUACAGUGUGUAACACAGCUGAGACCUAUUACGGAGUUCCUGGAAACAGCCAAGGAGGAAUUCCUGCCUGGCACCGAGAAAAGGGUGAUGCUGAAUUGCUGUGAGGGUGGAACACCCAAGGAGACUAUGGAACGUUUGUUGCACAGAGUGACUGAAGAGAAGACCCUGAGCGCUGAGAGCUUGGUAAAGCUCCUCCAGGCUGUGAGGCGGGCGUUUCCGAACUUGGACCUUCUGCUGGGGAAUUUGCAGAAGUUAGCCGCUUUGCCCAGCGCCACAGUCCAACCAAGCCCUGAUGAUUAUGGGACUGAGCUAUUGAGACGCUAUCAUGAAAACCUCUCAGAGAUUUUCACAGACGACCAGGUGUUGCUAAAGGUGAUCUCACAUAUGAAGAGUUUAGCCCCUGCAGAAAGAGAGGUCAUGGAGAGCCUUGUGAAACGGGAAUCUGGCUCCGGUGGUUUCAGCUCCCUGAUGUCAGCAGUUCUAGAAAAGCAGACUCUCUCUGCAACAGCCAUUUGGCAGCUGCUGCUGGUGGCUCAGGAGACAAAGGCCUGCCCGUUGAACCUGCUCAUGGAGGAAAUAGGAAGGGAACCCGGUGCUGCUGCUUUCUUCCAGGCAGUGACUGCCCCAGAAAAUGCUGCCUUAGAAACAGUCCUGAGGCAUGACAAGUUGAUCAUAGAAGCCAUCCAACAGAGGAGUGAGCCUAAGUGCUUGUCCCCAGAGGAGGAGCACCUGGCUGAGACCGUGAAAGAGAUUCUGAGCAUUUCCUCUGAAGCAGCCAGCCCUGAAGCUUCCCUGAGAGCAGUGCUGGGCAGAGCCAGGGAAAAGUCAGUCUCGGCCAUUGAUAUCUGUCACCUCCUGUGCGGUGUCCACAAGUCUUUCCCAGGCCUGCGGCCUGUCAUGCAGGAGCUGGCACACAGGGGCUUCCUGACUAGGGAAGACAGGGAGAAGGAAGUCUGGCAAGUGAGCAGUAGAUUUCACCCUGGCGCCAGCAACAAGGAAAAUGAGGCGGUGGCCGAAGAAGACAGCCAGCCUGCAGGACCAAACAGCCAGGGGGAGACUGGUCCCGUGCCAGACCAACCAGGAAAAGAGACGUCUGCCUCUCCAGACUCUGCCAAGAAGAGCUUCAUCUGCAAGGCCUGUGACAAGAGCUUCCAUUUCUACUGCCGCCUGAAGGUGCACGUGAAGCGCUGCCGCGUGGCCAAGAGCAAACAGGUGCAGUGUAAGGACUGCAGCGAGACCAGGGACUCCAAGAAGGAACUGGAGCAGCAUCAGCUGGAGGCCCAUGGUGCAGGGGCAGAGGCCGACGUCCCCAAGAAGAAGAAGAAGAGGCUUCCAGUGACGUGCGACCUCUGUGGAAGAGAGUUCGCCCACGCCUCAGGCAUGCAGUACCACAAGCUGACCGAGCACUUUGACGAGAAGCCUUUCUCCUGCGAGGAGUGUGGCGCCAAGUUCGCAGCCAACUCCACCCUGAAGAACCACCUGCGCCUGCACACCGGGGACCGCCCUUUCAUGUGCAAGCACUGCCUCAUGACCUUCACGCAGGCCUCCGCGCUGGCCUACCACACCAAGAAGAAGCACUCGGAAGGAAAGAUGUACGCCUGCCAGUACUGCGAUGCUGUGUUCGCCCAGUCCAUCGAGCUGUCCCGCCAUGUGAGGACCCACACUGGAGACAAGCCAUACGUCUGCAGGGACUGUGGCAAGGGCUUCCGGCAAGCCAAUGGCCUCUCCAUCCACCUGCACACCUUUCACAACAUAGAAGAUCCUUAUGAUUGCAAGAAAUGCAGGAUGAGUUUCCCCACACUGCAGGACCACCGGAAGCACAUCCACGAGGUGCACUCCAAGGAGUACCACCCCUGUCCCACGUGUGGCAAGAUCUUCAGUGCCCCCUCCAUGUUGGAGCGCCACAUGGUGACCCAUGUUGGAGGGAAGCCCUUCAGCUGUGGGAUCUGCAACAAGGCCUACCAGCAACUGUCUGGUCUGUGGUACCAUAACCGGACCCACCACCCGGACGUGUUUGCUGCUCAGAACCACCGGUCGUCCAGGUUCUCAGCCCUCCAGUGCAGCUCCUGUGACAAGACCUUUUCCAACCCCGCCGAACACAAGAAGCACAUCAAAGCAGAGCACGCAGAUAUGAAGUUCCACGAAUGUGAACAGUGCAAGGAGCUCUUCCCCACACCAGCUCUGCUGCAGGUCCACGUCAAGUGCCAGCAUUCAGGGUCCCAGCCAUUCAGGUGCUUGUACUGUGCGGCCACCUUCCGCUUCCCAGGCGCUCUGCAGCACCACGUCACCACAGAGCACUUCAAGCAGUCGGAGAGCACCUUCCCCUGUGAGCUCUGUGGGGAGCUCUUCACCUCCCAGGCUCAGCUCGACGGCCACCUGGAGUCUGACCACCCAAAGAUGGUGGGCACUGAAACCCAGGCAGCUGCCCCACAGAUGGUACAGGUGAUCCACACUCCGGAGCCAGUGGCCCCAGCUGAGCAGGUGAUCACUUUGGAGGAGACACAGCUUGCUGGGUCGCAGGUGUUUGUGACUCUGCCUGAUUCUCAGGCAUCUCAGACCAGCUCUGAGCUCGUGGCGGUGACCGUGGAAGACUUGCUGGAUGGAACCGUGACCCUGAUCUGUGGUGAGGCCAAAUGAGGGGCUGCUCAUCCAGCGGAGGGAUCCUGCGUUGGCUCCAGAGAGGAAGCUCCGCAGCUUGCCCUUUGCCUUCCCUGCUGCCCUGCGUGGUGGGCAUCUUAGCCUGGCACCAACCCAGACAGUCUCCCUUGGAGAACAGACAGAAAGGUCACUGCUGUCACGCAGCCCGCGGUGUCUGAACGCCAACACUGUCCUCCACUGAAGAACCCACCUUCCCAUGGCUGCUGCUCGGGUCUCUGUGACCACUCAGCCCUGAGUGAAGUCUAGCUUCUGAGAUAGCGUCCGAAAGAGCAGUGGGUGGGAGCUGGUGACCAGGCCAGCAGGGAGAUGUGCCAUGCUUGCAGCCCUCGGUGGGCAGGGCCUGUAGCUGGGCCUAGGCUGGCAAGAAGGGCUGCAAGGUUUCCAGUGCCCUCAGCCUUUUGAAAAUGAGACCAGGGCACCUGCAGCCCUCCAGGGUCCCCAGCCAAGAGCACACUUGUCCUUCCUCACUCCUCCCACUCUCCCCUCUGCCUGGGUCCCCCAGAUCUGUUGACUGUGCCCAGCACCACUAGUGGUGGCAGUGGUACCACUGCAGGAAGCAGCAGGUCCUAGCUGGUCAGUAGAGGUCGCCUGCUCCAAAUCAAAGCCUGUGAGUGUUUCUUCUGGAAGUACUUCAUGCGAGGCCUUCCAGCUGAAGAGAGUCUCUGCACUUCUAGAAUGUUCUUCAUGGUGUUCUUACCUGAAAGGUGGUUCCCACAGCUCUUCCAGGUCCCUCACCCCCUUCCUCUGAUCAAGGCCAACUUCUACCCAACCCAGGGGGCCUUGCCUGCUGUCUCCCUCUGGAGCAUGCGAUGUCGCCACUGAGCCAGCACCCAGCAGGAGACGGACUGCUGCCAGCUGGUGUGCCCCGUGAGCGGCCUGCCGUCUGGCUGCCCAGGCUGCACCUCCAUGCCGUUCAGUGAUCUCUUCAAGCCUGGGUUUCACAAAGCUUUUUGUCUUUAGUUCCUAAAAUAUAAUCUGGUAAUUAAUGGUU